CCAAGGCACCUCAGGGACCGCUGGAGCCUUCUGCCCAGUCGGACAAGUCUCACCAGCGGGAGAAGCUGGAGCGCUUCAAGCAGAUGUGCCAGAUGUUGGAGCGGGUCAAGAACAGCAGCAGCUCCAGCUCCAGCUCCGACUCGGACUCGGACACGGACUCGCGGGGCUCGGAGGGCUCCAGUGUGGGCGGGGGCUCCAGCCGGGCCGCCUCGCCCGCCUCCCGGGCCCAGCGUCUGGCCGCCCUCGGCUUCAGCGCCAGCGAGGAAGAGGACGAGGAGGACGAGGAGGAGGAGGAAGGCCGCAACGGGGGCUCGGAGGCGGCCCGCAACGGCAAGCAGCCCAAGGGGCCGCGGGCGAACUGUCAGGAGAAGGAGAACCACCACCGGGCUGCCAGCAGGGGGGGCGAGCGAGCCAAGCAGCAGGCCGGGGGCCGGAAGGGCGGCCGGCCGGCCGGGCAGACAGGCCUGCACAUGGUGGCCCGGACUCAGUUCCUCCAGUGGCCUCUGGUGCCCUCGCCCCCCAAGCCCCUGCUGCAGUUGGAGCGGCACGUGGUGCGCCCGCCCCCCGACAGCCCCGAGCCGGACUCACUGCCCCUGGACAGCGGCUCGGACCACGUCAUGCAGCGCGACGUCUGGCUGGCCGUCUUCCAGCACCUCAGCUACCGCGAGCUCUGCGUCUGCAUGCGGGUGUGUCGGACCUGGAGCCGAUGGUGCUGUGAUAAGCGCCUGUGGACCCGCAUCGACCUGAGCCGCCGGAAAUCGAUCACCCCGUCUAUGCUGAGCGGCAUCAUCCGCCGGCAGCCGGCCAGCCUCGACCUCAGCUGGACCAACAUCUCCAAGAAGCAGCUCAUGUGGCUCAUCAACAGGCUACAGGGCCUGCGGGAGCUGGUCCUGACGGGCUGCUCGUGGUGCUCCGUCUCGGCGCUGAGCACCGCCAGCUUCCCCUCGCUGCGGCUGCUCGACCUGCGCUGGAUCGAGGACGUCAAGGACUCGCACCUCCGGGAGCUGCUGCUGCCACCCACGGACAGCAAGCCAGGUCAGACCGAGAGCCGGGGCCGGCUGCAGAACGUGUCCGAGCUGCGCCUGUCGGGGCUGGACAUCACGGACUCCUCGCUGCGCCUCGUCGUCCGCCACACGCCCCAGCUCGCCAAGCUGGACCUGAGCCACU